UCACGCAAUGGGGUUGUGCAGCAGCAGAUAAAAAUUGUGAUUCAAAGCUCGACUUGCAUUUUGCGACCAGAGAAAGCGUGCAGACAUGGGCUAUUUCCUCUACUUCUCUGCGGAGACAUGGACUCUCCUGGUUGCGUUCGUCACGCUGCUGCUGGUGUACGGCUACUGGCCAUAUGGAACAUUUAAGAGACUGGGCAUCCCAGGUCCCAAACCUGUCCCCUUCUUUGGGACUAUGCUGGCAUAUAGAAAGGGAUUCACCAACUUUGAUGAACAGUGCCACAAGACUUAUGGGAAAAUGUGGGGUAUUUAUGAUGGCCGUCAGCCCGUGCUGUGCAUCACAGAUCCCGCCAUGAUAAAAACGGUUCUGAUAAAGGAGUGUUACUCCCUCUUCACCAAUCGCAGAAACUUCCGUCUCAAUGGUCCGCUGUAUGACGCCGUGUCUAUAGCAGAGGAUGAUCAGUGGAAGAGGAUCCGCAGCGUACUCUCGCCAUACUUCACCUCGGGCAGACUGAAAGAGAUGUUCGACAUAAUGAAGGACCACUCUGCUAACCUCGUCAAAAGCAUGAAAGCGGAGGCAGACAAAGAUAAACCAUUAGAGAUGAAAGAGUACUUUGGACCCUACAGUAUGGACGUAGUAACCAGCACGGCUUUCAGCGUGGACAUUGACUCACUCAAUAACCCCUCGGACCCUUUUGUCACCAACAUCAAAAAGAUGCUGAAGUUUGACUUCUUCAAUCCUAUCUUCCUCCUCGUUGCCUUCUUCCCCUUCAUUGGUGUCCUCUUCGAAAAAAUGGAGUACUCCUUUUUCCCAGCAUCUGUGACUGACUUCUUUUACGCUUCACUGAGGAAGAUCAAGUCUAGUCGGCAGAGCAACAAGCAAAAGAGUCGUGUGGACUUCCUCCAGCUGAUGAUCGACUCUCAGAAAAACAAUGACUCCAGUGGGGUGGGGGAAAAAGGUUUGAGCGAUCACGAGAUCCUUUCUCAAGCAAUGAUUUUUAUCUUCGCCGGCUACGAAACAAGCAGCUCCUCUCUUUCUUUCUUGUCUUACCUUUUGGCAACAAACCCUGAGGUCAUGAAAAAGCUGCAGGAGGAGAUUGAUGCCACCUUCCCCAACAAGGGUCCUGUUGACUACCAGACACUGAUGCAGAUGGACUAUCUAGACUGCGUCAUCAAUGAGUCUCUCCGGUUGUACCCCAUCGCCGCGCGUGUGGAGCGCGUGGCCAAGGCGACCGUGGAGAUAAACGGCAUAGUGAUCCCGAAGGGCACUGUUGUCAUGGUCCCCACGUGGCCCCUGCACCGGGACCCAGAUGUGUGGCCUGAACCUGAGAAAUUCAAACCUGAGAGGUUCAGCAAGACAAACAAGGAGCCUGUGGAUCCGUACACGUACAUGCCUUUUGGAGCCGGGCCAAGGAACUGCAUUGGGAUGCGAUUUGCUCUGGUGAUGAUGAAACUUGCAGUGGUGGAGAUCCUCCAGAAAUACAGCUUCUCCGUGUGCAAGGAGACCCAGGUCCCACUUCAGAUGGGCAUCGAGGGUCUUCUCUCGCCAACGAAACCUAUCCAACUAAAGCUGGUGCCACGCCCUUAAUCCUCCAGCAAAAAACAAAAAACAAAAAAAAAACAGGAGGAAGGAUUCUCAUUUCACUAUUCACGCAUUGUAUAGAGACCUGCUGAUGACGUACAACAUGACAUGACGAACCUCUGUACCACUUCAAUCACAACUGAUUGUCAAAAGGAAGCUUUCUAAAAUUGGAAUUUUUAAAUAAAGAAUAUAUUGAUUCUU